UGUCAUUUUGUCGAUUUUUGUGAUUUUCCGAACGUCGAAAGGCUGUUUGCUUUUGUUGCCACAACGCCACGUCUUGUGGGUCCACAAGCACCCACAAGUUCAACUUGAACUCUACCCUUUGUUAUGAGCCACACAAGUUCGACAGCCUUCUGUGGCCUCAUUAGCAUCCAACGACCCUAUCAUGAGUUCUCGCGGACAAAAUACUGCCGUUGUCGCUAACGCGAAGAUUUUCCCGGUCUUCGCAAAGAGGCUCGCAUCGCACGAUGUCAAGGAGUAUAUUACCAUUGCCAAUAAGCUGAAGACCUGGUUGGGUUCCGAUAAAGCGUACUAUCCUGAUGCUCUCCGCAAUAUCGUUGCGCUUCUCGAGAUUGCGCAUUCGACCUUUACAAACGAGUUCCUCAAAACAGAAUCGUCAGCACUGGCCGCGAUGGACACAUAUAAGGCUUUGAUUCGCACUGUGGUCCCUUUCUUACGGUUUUUCACGGAGGAGGACCUGCAACGUACGUGUUGAAUCUCAGAUAGGCGUCCUGCCGUGCCAACUGUGUUAUGUAGUUCGACUCCAAGACUUGAUUCAA